GAGAAAAUGAGAAAUUUCCAGGCCGGGAGCUGUGUAGCAGCUUGACCCUCAGUUUUUAGUUUUAAGUGAUACUAUGUUGAUCUUUUUUAGUUACAAAUAUUCUCCAAAAUAUUUCAGGGUGAGGGUAGUUUCAGAAUAGCAAGGGGAAGAAAAAGAGGAACUUGCAGGAUUGUCCCUGGGUACAGACCUUGGAACAAUGUAGAAAGACAGCAAAGCUGCUGGCACCAAAUCAAGAAGGGGGGGGGGGCGGGGAGAAGGAGAGGAAGAGAAACAUCAGAGAGAGAGACAGAGAGAGGAAGACAGACAGACAGACAGCAGGUGCAGGACAGGGGACUGGCAAUGCUUUGGCCGGAGCUCCUGAAGUGGGAGGAGAAAGCCGAGGGCAUGGGAAUGCCGUGCGGGGUUCUGAGUAUAAAACUGUUAGGUGCCUCCUCCCAGCACUAUCUGCUCCUAAGCACCCUGCCUUUUACGAGAGCCCAGCAGCGCUUUAUCAGCCAGUGCCUUCUGCCGCCGGGCAACCAGCCGGAGCUAUGGAGAGAGAGGAAGGAUGAAUGGACAGUCUUUGGUUGCUGCGCUGGUGAUGCCCCUAGUGGUCGUCUUUGGAAGGACCCCUGUGGAGAUAAGGCUGGGGAGGCCGCGCUCAGAGGCUUCGCCGGGCUCAGCAUGGCCCCAGCACAGGGGCCCCCGGAUCAGGAGCCAGAGGAAGAGAUAACCAUGGAGGAUAGUCCCACUAUGGUUAAAAUGGACCAGGGUGAAAAUCAGGUUUUACCAAGUCCAAGAAGAAGGUACCUCCCCAAGGCACUUGGCUACGUCACCGGUGAUAUGAAAGAAUUUGCCAGCUGGCUUAAAGACAAACCACAGGUGCUCCAGUUCGUUGAUUGGGUUCUUCGGGGCAUAUCCCAAGUGGUGUUUGUCAGCAACCCCAUCAGUGGAAUCCUGAUUCUGGUGGGACUCCUGGUCCAGAAUCCCUGGUGGGCUCUCAAUGGCUGUGUGGGAACAGUGAUCUCCACCCUGACGGCCCUAUUGCUUGCCCAGGACAGGUCAGCAAUCGCCGCAGGACUCCAGGGCUACAAUGCCACGCUGCUGGGGAUCCUCAUGGCUGUGUUUUCAGACAAGGGCAACUAUUUCUGGUGGCUGUUAUUCCCUGUGUCUGCUAUGUCCAUGACUUGUCCAAUUUUCUCAAGUGCGUUGAACUCCUUGUUCUGCAAAUGGGACCUCCCUGUCUUCACGCUGCCCUUCAACAUGGCAUUAUCAAUGUACUUAUCGGCCACAGGACAUUACAAUCCAUUCUUCCCAGGCAAAUUGUUCAAACCUGUAACCGCGGUUCCCAAUAUCACCUGGCCUGACCUCAGUGCCCUGCAGUUACUGAAAUCGCUGCCCGUGGGUGUGGGCCAGAUCUAUGGCUGUGAUAACCCGUGGACAGGGGGCAUUUUCCUGGUCGCCCUUCUGCUCUCCUCCCCACUCAUGUGCCUGCAUGCUGCCAUCGGAUCGCUGCUGGGGAUAGCGGCAGGACUCAGUGUUUCGGCACCAUUUGAGGACAUCUACCUUGGACUCUGGGGUUUCAACAGUUCUCUGGCCUGCAUUGCAAUUGGAGGAAUGUUCAUGGCUCUCACCUGGCAAACGCACAUCCUGGCUCUUGCCUGUGCUCUGUUCACGGCCUACCUUGGAGUCAGCCUGUCCCACGUGAUGGCUGUGGCAGGAUUGCCGGCUUGCACCUGGCCCUUCUGUUUGGCCACACUACUGUUCCUCUUGCUGACCACGAAAAAUGCCAACAUCUACAGGAUGCCGCUCAGCAAAGUCACUUAUCCUGAAGAAAACCGCAUCUUCUACCUCCAAGCCAAGAAAAAAAGGAUGGUUGAAAGCCCUUUGUGAGAGCAAGCCCCACCCACAGCCCAGGUCUCAAGGGGGGACUGACUGACUGCCCCAGGUGACUCCCAGGGUCUCAGCAAACUGCUGCUUUUCACUAGCGACAACAUUCACACUAACCCAUUGGCAGUAUGCUCUUAGGCUCAUUUCUGUGGCUUUCUUUUAGACUCCAGGAACAUCCCCAAACAUGUGAGAGACGCGUCCAGAUGGUCUUCCCUGGUGGGGCGUUGGUGCUAGACAUGUAAUCUAUUCAUAAAGUCAAAUGCUCCAACAGGAAGAAGACGUGAGACCGGAGCUUGUUAUUUAUUGAUAUUCUUGGUGUUUGGUUGGCUAGAUGAUGUUAACAGUAUUAAAAAUUAAGCUCUACAAACCAACAAAGGCUUCAGUGAAUGGAAUUCGUGGUCACAAAAUCAAAGUCAACCCAGAAUUCUCCGAUAAGCAGUUUGACUUGUUUAAAAUCAAUUCAAGUUAUGCGGGACAGCCCGUGGUGCCCACAGCUCAUUCUCCAGCUCCUGGGCAGAAGGGCCUGGAUGCUGCCCUGUGUGUGUGCGGCAUUCUCCUGCAAGGAGAUGGUUGAUUCUUUCCAGCUGACACAGCUGUAGGAGGGAGAAAGGGGUUUUAUCAGUCAAAAUUAUUUUGUAGUGUUAUUUUUCUUAGACAUCGCCAAGGAUGUUUUAGAUAAAGUUUAUGAUCUUUUUCUUAUGAGAAUGGAUUUGUUUUUUUUCAAUGAGGUAAAAUAAGAGAAGUUCCUGGCUUCACCAGUUCCUAGAUAUUAAAGAAACAUUAUAUUUUUAUAAAAUAUUUGGCAUAGCCAUUUUUACUUUAAUCCCCAAGUUGAUUUCGUAAAUGCCAGGAAUGCAUAGAACCAAGUCAUCAACAACCAAGGCCCUUUAAAACCACAUUUGCAAUUCAUCUGAGGAUGUCUUAUAUCUUAUAAAGACUGAAAAUGAAGGUCAGAUUGUUUCUGGGUGCUUGGAAGUUGUUGAGUUUCUUACUUAAAAAAAAAAAAAUCAUUAUUUUCUGCAGGCUCACAAUAUCCUCACUCAGAAACCUGACAAGACAUACCGGUAAAGGGUUCUCUUGUUUUGUCUUGUUUUGUUUUGUUUUGUUUUGUUGUUUGUUUUAAUCUUAAAGUUAUCAGUCCUAUAAACAUUCUAUACCCAAACAUGCUGAGGAUGCCAUGGAAAGUUCCACUCACCUUCUACUUCAGUCUAUAUCAAUUCAGUAUUUUGGAGGAUUCAAAAAGAGAAAUCAUGGAAGCCUAAAGGCUUUUUUCCCCCUUUGGGUUUGCAGCCUCAGUGCAAAACACACAGUUUGCUGCCUGAAUAAACAGAAGAGGGGAAGGAAACCUACAAAUAUCUGGGGAGAAGUCCACUUCUUUCUUUUCUAGGGAACACAAACAUUGUUCCAAUUUAAAAACCGUGUAACCAAAGCCUUUUGAAGCCCUGAAUUUGCAACUGUCAUAGAGUCAUGUGCAUUCCUGUGGAAAAACUAAAUUUCAUUGUUGGCCAGAGAUCUCCCUUGUUAGGGAAUUUGUGAAAUAAGAUUUGGGGGGGGGCGGGGGAAGGACACAAAAAAGCAAGCAGAACCAAAGAUAACCAGGAGUGAAGAAACUGGGCCGUGGUUGAGCGAACCAGAGCCUCUAACGUGUCUUCAGGCUUGUCUUCACGAGGAGCUCUGCAGUGUUCUCUGUGCCUUCUCCUGGUGUGCUCACACAGACGUGUAAAUAGGAACAUCCUAAAGCCUUGUACAUUGUCUGAUUUAAAUGGUAUUAAUUUUCUCAAGCUAUUUUUGCUACUAAGUAUUAUUUUGAAAUGAAGUGAGUAUUUUGUUAGUUUUCUUAGGGAUCACUUGUAUUCUUUCCUAUUGUUCGUAUAACCAAUUUCCAAUUAAGAAUAUGAAUAAAAUUAUA